CGAAUCGCCAAUAUGUCUUCUUCAAAGGAUCCAGGCAAACCGUAUAGUUGUAGCCACACAAAGUUCUUCGUUGUCACAUUCCUUUCGCAUAUAGUGACAUUGAUAAUUUUUGCUGGUAUCUUUUCAAUCUAUGCCACAACAAAUCAUCGUCUUGUGGAUGUCGAAGAUCGCUUAAGGGUACAUGAUGAAGAACUUAAGUCUUGCUGCCGUAAAGAAAUGUAUGCUAAUGUCCAAGUUCAUGAUGGUAUAAAGGUCACACCAGACAAAGGAAAUACUGGUGAGACCCAAAUCACCAACCGCGUUAAACGCUCGACUUCUAACAUUUCGCCAGAUGUAUUGGAUUCAAUUCGUGUGGAAGUACGUAAUCAAGUUUUAAACCUCACGGCCUCGCUGUUUUGUCAAGCGCCAGAUAAAACAUGCGUUCGGGGAGCUCCUGGUAUGAGAGGUCUAAGGGGGAGAAGAGGGUCUCGAGGAAGAAGAGGUCGACCAGGUCCUAAGGGAACAAAAGGCCUUCCUGGAAAAUAUGGUAAACAAGGAUUUCGAGGACCUCCUGGACUAAAGGGACAAAAGGGCGAUAUUGGAAAUCCAGGACCGCCAGGACUGACGGGACCGAAAGGUGAUCGAGGGGAAAAGAUUUCUCAGCCUUCUGCACUUGUGUCGCCAUCGACGUUGACAGUUACUGAGAACCAGACAGCUACGUUUCAUUGUAAUGCCCACGGUAAUCCCAAACCAAAGAUUACAUGGAAGAAGGAAUAUGGAAAGAUUGAUAUUGGCAAAGCCAGAAUAGAUAAAUCAGGAUUGUUUGAAAUCUCGAAUGUUGAUGAAAACGAUACAGGAAACUACACGUGCACUGCAAAAAAUGUUCUCGGGGAGGACGCAAGGACAAUUUCAGUUCUUGUCCGAGUUCCUCCUAGAUUUACCGUUGUACCAGAAGAAUUUCAAACUGUUACAGAAGGAAGCACUGUCAAUCUGACAUGUUCAGCAUCGGGAUAUCCAACACCUGUAAUUACUUGGUCAAGACUAUUUGGUUCCUUUCCUUCAGAAAGGAGUGUGCAGAGAAGUGGCAAACUGACGAUAAAAAAAUUUAGACGAAGCGACGGUGUAACUUAUCAGUGUAAGGCUGUGAAUCUCUUGGGAAGUUCGACCCCAACGACAGUGAUGCAGAUCAAUUUCGCCGCAGUCACAGCGCAACGUGUCUGGUCCUAUCAUAAGUAA